ACAAGUUUGAGGCGUUCAUAUUCAUCAAGCCCAGUUAAUCGGUUCCACCCAUCUACUUUUGUGCAUCAUGUCCAGCGGAGGAGAAGAUGAUUAUGUUCCUUGGAUCCAACAAUUCUGCAACUUAUUCGGCCACGACUACUUUGUGCCUAUAUCGCAAGAAUUCAUCGAGGAUGAUUUUAACUUAACAGGUUUAUCUCUGCAAGUUCCCUACUAUCGUGAAGCCCUCUACACGAUUCUAGACUACCAAGUGGAUACUGCCGACGACAGUUCCAAUAGUGGCCUGAAAAAUAAGGGAGACUUACCCAAUAAAGCCUUAUUGGCACACUCUGCAGAGUUGUUAUACGGGUUGAUACAUGCUCGAUACAUAAUAUCCAAGCCAGGAUUGACGGCCAUGGCGUCCAAGUUUGAACGUAAUGAGUUCGGAUCGUGUCCUCGUCUUCACUGUGAUGGAAUGCACUUGAUGCCCUGUGGAGCCACUGAUUUACCAGGUCAAGAAACCGUUAGACUAUAUUGUCCAUGCUGCAACGAUAUAUAUCUCCCGCUGAGCUCGCGGUACUUGAACAUCGACGGGGCAUUUUUUGGCACCACCUUCCCUGGUUUGUUGAUCAGAAUGUUUCCCGAAAUUGAACACCAGUGUAAGUUAAGGAUCGACAAGGUGAACCAAGACGAGCUGGGAUUACGGUUGUUUGGAUUCAAAGUCAACGAGAUGAGUGCAAGCGGCCCCAGAAUGAAGUGGCUCAGAAUGCAUCCUAAGAGUACCGAACAGAAAAAAGAGUUUGAUAGCUGCCAGCUAACGCUUCCAAGCUCAGAUGAGAUGGAAGAAGAAGACGACGAUGUAGACGAAGAACAAGACGAUGAUGACGAUAACACGAUGGCGAGCUCGGGCUCAUAGGCACUGCUUCAGAUUGUAUCAUAACACAACAUAUACGUAUAUUUUAUAUAUCCAUAAUUCAUCAAUUCAAUUAUCCAUAAUUCAAUGGGUAAGAAGAACGGGUUUACCAGGUUCCCAGUCCUUGAUGCCAUUUUGAAUGUUCACCCAAUACUUGAGACGAAUAGCCUCUAGCAUCACCUUGUCCCAGUCAAUUGGUGUUUCUAUUAACAAUUGGUCAAUGGUUUCUUCAGUCUCUUCUAUUCUCACUUUAUUUUCAUCUGAUAACGGUUCUAGGUCUUCUUCACUAUUGGCAAACUCAAGUGAUUCAUGAGCGUCUAGCACCGUCAUUAACAUUCCUUUGUAUUCCAAAGAUGACUCUUCACUCUCCGACUGGAAUUUCUCUAUCAUUUUCUUCGAAACAUCAUCUUGGCUGAUGUCCGGAUGUUGAGGAUGAUACAAUUCAAUUAAGUGAGAUACUCUGGUGUACGGAUUUUGGAUGGUGGUAUAGGCUUUGUUCAAGAAGGCAGAAAAGUCACCUGACGAUGCUUCUGGAGACUUUGAAAGUGCUUGUGAACCAAUAAGUAUAUCUGGGUGGUGUUCACUUUGUAAUAACCUGAACUCUCUUCUCAAUGCUUUAGGUGCUACUUUGAAGGGGUCGGACGGUGGUCCACCACCAGGGAAGCUUUUGGGAAACAAAUCAAAGUAGGACUUUAACGUGGUGGUAAGGGUACUAGAAUACCAACGAUAUAUCCUCAAUGGCCUUAGAAAUGCCGAUACAACAUAUUUAUUGGUGAUCAUUGGUUGAGCAAAG